CCUCCUCCUCCCGGGGGAUCUUCUCUGGUUGUUUCUCCGCAGGGAAGGCUGCCUCUCCUCCUGCCGCCUCCGGGUCAGAUGCGGGGAGGGAAGGAAGGAGAAGGGAAGAGCUGGGGCUCCCUUAGGGCAGCAGAGGGGCCUCCUCGGAGGACGAAGGCCAGGCGGACCCGCGCAGGCUGUGCAAUGGCAUCAGACCAACAUUGUGGAUUCUCCUUACAUUACUCAGGAGAGGAAGUUACCACCAUGUGUCCAGCUAAGGGAUCAAUGAGCUUUGAGGAGGUGUCCUUGCAUUUCACCGACGACGAAUGGUCCUUGCUGGAUCCACGCCAAAGAGCACUGUACAAGGAAGUCAUGAUGGAGAUUUAUGAGAUGGUGGCUUCUGUGGGAGAUGUUUGGGGAUUCCUGGCUGAGGGGGACCCAUCUGAAGGGCCACCUGAAACAGCUGAGGAGCAACAGAAGUUAAGGAUUCAAGAUGGAACCAACAGACAAGAGGGCAGACGAACGCAGAAGGCGGGGAGGGAACCCACUGCUCAGGUUAAUGAAAAUCAGAUAACACACACAGGGGACAAACCUAAAGAAUGUUUGGAGGGUGGAAAGAACUUCAGUGGCAGAGCCUACCUUAUUUUUCAUAAAAGAUAUCAUACAGCAGAAAAAUCAUAUAAAUGCUGGGAGUGUGGAAAAAACUUCAGUCGGAAAGAACACCUUACUCUGCAUCGAAGAAUUCAUACGGGCGAGAAACCUCAUAAAUGCAUGGAGUGUGGAAAGAGCUUCAGGCACAGUGACUCCCUCACUAGGCAUCGAAGAAUUCAUACUGGGGAGAAACCUUAUAAAUGUUUGGAAUGUGGAAAGAGCUUUAUUCAGUGUAGCGUGCUCACAAGACAUAAAAGAACUCAUACAGGGGAUAAACCUUACAGAUGUUUGGAGUGCGGAAAGAGCUUUAGUGACAAUGGCACCCUUACUCGGCAUCAGAGAACUCACUCAGGGGGCAAACCCUAUAGAUGUUUGGAGUGCGGAAAGAACUUCAGUCGCAUAAAGUCCCUUACUUUUCAUAAAAGAAGGCAUGCAGGGAGAAAACCUUACGAAUGCUUGGAAUGUGGAAAGAGCUUUACUGUGCGUAGCCAACUCAAAAGACACUUAAGAAUUCAUACAGGGGAGAAACCUUAUAAAUGUUUGGAGUGUGGAAAGAGUUUCAGCCGGAGUGGCCACCUUUUGCAACAUCGAGGAACUCACACAGGGGAAAAACCUCAUAAAUGCUUGGCGUAUGACAAGUGUUUUAGUCAGAGUGUUCACCUUACUCAGCAUCUAAGAACUCAUACAGGGGAAAAACCUUAUAAGUGUUCGGAGUGUGAAAAGAGCUUCAGUCAGAAUAGUCGCCUCACCAUACAUAAAAGAUCACAUACAGGGGAGAAACCUUACAGGUGUUUGGAGUGCGGAAAGAGCUUCACUGUCAGUUCGUCCCUUUCUAAACAUCAAAGAAUUCAUACAGGGUACAAACCUUAUGAAUGUUUGGUGUGUGGAAAGAACUUCAGUCGCCUAGAUUCCCUUACUUUUCACAAAAAAAGGCAUACAGGGGAGAAACCUUAUAAAUGCUCUGUGUGUGGAAAGAGCUUCAGUGGCUCCCUUACUCAGCAUCUAAGAACUCAUACAGGGGAAAAACCUUAUAAAUGUUUGAAGUGUGACAAGAGUUUUAGUCAGAGUGGCCACCUUACUCAACAUCUAAGAACUCAUACUGGGGAGAAACCUUAUAAAUGCUCUCUGUGUGGAAAGAGUUUCAGUGGCUCCCUUACUCAGCAUCUAAGAACUCAUACAGGGGAAAAACCUUAUAAAUGUUUGAAGUGUGACAAGAGUUUUAGUCAGAGUGGUCACCUUACUCAGCAUCUAAGAACUCAUACCGGGGAGAAACCUUAUAAUUGCUUGGAGUGUGGAAAGAACUUCACUUACAGAUAUUCCCUUAACUCACAUCAAAUAAUUCAUAGAAGGGAAACAUCUUAAGCUUGGAAGGUAGAAAAAUAUCCAGUGAUCUCAAGAGCUCCUAAGAGAGCAAACCAAAGAUUCUACUCAGUGUUAGAAUUCCCUUCCUUAUCUCCAGCUUUUACAAUAGACCCUUGUUUCUUCUGAGGCAUUUGGAGCCCAGUAUGCCUUCUGUUU